UCUCUCCCUCAGCCUCCACACCAACAGCCAGUCUGCUCUCAGUCAUUCUGCCUGCGCACAGCUGAUGCUCCACAUCCUAUACCAGCCUCCGCCUCCUCUCUCUCUCUCUUUCUCUCUCUCUCUCUCUCUCUCUCUCUCUCUCACACACACACACCUCUCAGCCGCUGCAUGAACGGCAGCUGCUUUAGCUCUGCGGAAAGGGGAGACAACAACAAAAAGAAGAAGGGAAGAAACCAGAGUAUGAGGAUGAGUGUGUGCAGGGUGCCAGCAGUCCCCUGCUGCCGUCCCACGCAGAUCGCACAGCGCUUCACGGCCCCCCUGCUUCUCCUCCUCCUGCUCCUGAGUGGCAGCAGCAGCAGCAGCAGCAUCGGGGCCAUCCCCUCUGCCUUCCAGCUGGCCCCGGACACCCCGGCCCCAGCCGAGCCCACCCCGACCCAGGCGGCACCUCGUCCGGACCCCUGCGAGGGGAGACCCUGCCUCAACGGGGGGUUCUGCCUGGCUCUGCCAUCCACUGGCAGGCCAGAGGACACCUGGGAGUACACCUGUACGUGCAGACAGGGCUUCACCGGACGCAACUGUGAGUUUUUCACAGACCCGUGCGCCAGCAGCCCCUGUCUCCAUGGAAACUGCAGCCGUAGCGACGGCGGGGAGGAGGGGGAACCGGCCUACACCUGUGAGUGCACCGAAGGCUACGAGGGGGAGAGGUGCGAUCAGAUCCUUUUGGACCUGCCGGCUGCCGAGUGGGACCCCGCCACCCCCUCCGGGCCUGAACUGGCCACCCCUGUCGCCUCCAUCACCACGGCCGCCACUCAGCCGCCACAGCCAACCACCAUCUCCUCCACCGUCCCCUCCACCAUCCCCUCCACCACAACGCCGCCACCCCCCACCCUGCAGCCAUGGCAACCCAAACCUGGGCAGAGGCUGCUGGUGGUGCCGUGGGAGGCAGACAGAGUGACGGAGGGUCUGCACUGUGUGAGUCCUGAGCUGUGUGAGCUGACAUCAGGAACCCUGACUCUGUCUCUGGAAGUGCCCGAAGAAACAGCUGUAAAGGUGGUGGUGAAUGCCAGUGGAGCUCCAGUGCUGUGGCGUGUGAAUGAAGAGGGUUUCCUCCGUUCCUCCAUUUUGAACGGCACUACAAUGUGGUUCCUGCAGGCUCCCGAUGGAUUGGUGGUGCGAGACCGCUCGCUGCCUCUGGGACAAAACUACUUCCUCAGUGUGCUGCGUGUGGGCACCCCCACAGCCCCGGAGGUCACCCUGCGUCUCAACCUGACGGUGAAAGCCAGCAGCUGUGUGGAGCCCGGCAGCAGCUUCAGUGACCCUCAGUGCUCCGGGAAAGGCAAAUGUAUCACACAGCCCUCCGAGAGCACUUUCUUCUGCGAGUGUGAGGACGGCUACACUGGAAUCUUCUGUGAGGAAUUCGAUGCCUGCCACCGCCGACCUUGUCACAGCAACGGCACCUGCACCGACGUUAGACAGGGGGGUGAAGGACGCAACUUCACAUGCGCCUGCCCACCAGGUUAUGAAGGGGAGCGCUGCCAGUUGCUGGUUGACCACUGCCUCUCUCAGCCCUGCAAGAACGGAGCCACUUGCUUCAGCAGCUUGGCCGGGCCCCGGUGCUAUUGUCCCGAAGGCUACCAGGGGGCCACAUGUGAGCAGAAGGUGGACCCGUGUGCCUCCGGCCCCUGUCACAACAACGGGACAUGCUACGCCCAGGGUCCCGGCCCCAUGGGCUUCGGCUGUAGCUGCACAGCAGGCUUCACCGGCCCGACAUGUGCUCAGUUGGUGGACUUCUGUGCCCUAAACCCCUGCGCCCAUGGGGUCUGCCGCAGCGUGGGCAACAGCUACAGGUGUCUGUGUGUCCCAGGUUACCAUGGCUUGUACUGCGAAGAGGAGUACAAUGAGUGUCUGUCUGCCCCCUGCCAGAACUACGCCACCUGCAGGGAUCUCAUCAAUGCCUAUGAGUGUGUCUGCACGCCACAGUUUGACGGCAGACACUGUGAAAUCUACAAGGAUCCCUGUCUGAAGAUGCACUGCCAAAAUGGAGGCCACUGUGAGAGUGCAGGACUCAAUGUUUCCUGCGCCUGCCCACCUGGAUACCUGGGGGAGACGUGUGAGGUCGACGUCAAUGACUGUGAGAGCAACCCUUGUCACCAUGGAGGCACCUGCAUUGACCAAUCAAAUGGCUUCACCUGUCACUGUCCACCUGGGUGGGUGGGGCCCAGCUGUGAGAUCCACCUGCAGUGGAAACCAGCACACACUGAGGACACCCUGACCAAUAUGCCCCGUCACUCCCUCUACAUCAUCAUCGGAGCGCUGUGUGUGGCCUUCGUCCUCAUGCUCAUCAUCCUCAUCGUGGGCAUCUGCCGCAUCAGCCGCAUCGAGUACCAGGGCUCGUCGCGCCACGCCUACCAGGAGUUCUACAACUGCCGCAGCAUCGACAGCGAGUUCAGCAACGCCAUCGCUUCCAUCCGCCACGCCAGAUUUGGCAAGAAGUCCAGGCCUGCCAUGUACGAUGCCACUCCCAUCGCCUACGAAGACUACAGUCCUGACGACAAGCCUUUGGUUACCCUCAUCAAGACAAAGGAUUUGUAAAACACAACAAUUCCGACACAUCACAAGCUGUACACUGCUCAUGUACACUUGUGCAUACACACACACACACACACACACACACA